GGCGCAUGCGCAAGCCUCGCGUCGCAACACAGACACAGAGCUCGACAGCAGUGGUCAUCAGGAGAAAUUAGAUAUUAAUAACCGUUUUGAGACAAGCUGACUAACGUGAGCCGUGAAGGAUUAUUUCGAUUGUAAAAGGAUUACUAUUAUAAAAGAGGAAGUUUGGGAAAUAGCGCAAUCAAUAAUACUGAAUCAUCUUCGUCACGUGGUCUCAUUUGACCAAUCGGAGUGAGCCAAAUACAGCCGAAAGUAUGCCCUUUGUUCGGAUAUUUUUCCAACUUUAUCCCCAGAUCUGACCCAGGAACUCGGUACAAAUCAUGGCAUGUGGAUACGGAUGGGUCGUUUUAUGAGAAAGGACGCGCUGUGGAUAUGUUUUAUUGCGUUUUUGGUGCGCAGUGCCACGUGUUCAACUUUGAUGAACAGUGCUCGGGCGUAUUUCAUCACAUGACUCCCCUCCCCCACCCGGUGCAGGGAAUUGGGGAAGAAGGCGGACAUGUUGGAGGGAAAUGUGUUGGUUAAAGAGUAUCGAGGUGGAAGACAAGAAGAUUAUUUCAAGAAAGGUUUCGCUUUAUUUUGGGAUUUACCAGUCGACCUCUGUGUUUAUUUUAAAUUGAAGGCUUUUCAUGUUAUACUUUGAACAUAUUUAUUUUUCUUUUGGAUUAUUUAACUUUGUUUUUUCAACCACAGUCUACUUUGUGGUUUUUACAGCUCUAAGUUGUAAAAACGUUUAAUAUUUGAUAUUGCAAGGACCUAGUGUUACUUCCAUCGUUUAUUUGAGUGACAUUGUAGGGAAUUUGUAACCUUGGUGUGGGGGAUGGGCGCAUGUGGUUAGGUAACCAUUUUGUGUGGUUGUUGAAUUUAUAAAGUUCUUACGUUUUUAAACAUAAGAAUGAUUGCAAAUAAUUAUUCAUUGGGGGAUUGUAUGUUUUUAUAUAAAAGGAAAACGUGCGGUUCAAUCACUCUUCUGUAAAGUCUCAAGGGUGAGGUAUGGUAUUUGUAUUUUCAGACAUAAGAUUGUGUUUGUGAUUUCCUUUUAGCUUUAAUUCAUGUUUUUUCCCCCCUUCUUGUUGGUUGGGUACAAGCAGCUUUAAGUUUGAUCAAAUGUGGUCUGAAAUCAGUGAGGAAAACUGCUGCGUCAUUCAGUGGGUAGUUGGUUCUUGUAACCUACUAUAGGUGUGGCCUUUUUAUUGUUGGUUGAAGUAAAUGUAGACCCCAGCCUCACUGUGAUACAUUUUGUAUAAAUUGUAAGCCUUGUCUUUGUACUACUUGUAUGUGAGCCAUGGGGCCUAGUCUGAGUGGUUGUGUGUUCUGAAACAGUGGCCUUUAUCAGCAGCAGAUGAAGCUGCUCAUUUCAGUUGUAUUUGUAAGCAACAUAUGCUGCGUUUUUUAUGUUUUUGUUAUUGUUUUGCCUGGCUUAUUGUAAAUAAUUCGAUUGUAAUACUCGGUUUCACUGUACUUAAAGAUGGCGACUGCGUGCCUCUUCUCAAAGACAGAAAUGCGGAUAUUCGAGCAAGCAGAGAGCUCGUGGGGAGAGGCUCUUGGCUCUUAGAGGGUACGCGUGACCCGAUUGAAGAACCAAUAGGCUUCUUGGUAUUUACCCUGGAAGCCCGCGUUAGAACCGUAUCGACCAAUCCCUGCCGUCGCUUUGCACACGUUGACGUAAUGUAAUAUGAUAAGGAGGAGGGUGGCUUUAGUACCCUUCCAUUUUGUACAGGAUCACACGAGGAGCCAGUUACAGGCAGCGUUUCUGUAAUACUGAAUAGACUGAGCCAAUAGCAUUGUGCAAUUACCUUGACGGACAGUUAAAACUUACGAAUAGGUUGGCCCGAAAGACUGACAGUGAAGCUCCAGCGUCUAGGGGUGUGGUGACUUUGACGGACAUCAUAAAUAGCCAAUAGAAAAAUAGAGGGCGUGGACAUUCUUAGGCAGUCUAUCCAAUAGGGCGAAUGGUUGGUCUAUAUAUGAACGGGUGUAGUCGCAGCGUCGCCAUUUCAACGAAGCAGAUUUGAAGGAGUUUACCGUGGCGGGGAGCGGAGAAAACUGACGAACAGAGAGGGAUCCUGGUUUGAGUCUAGCUAAAAACACAAUCCGGAUCCAUCCUGAUGGAUAUGGCUGUUAACCCGCUCCUUGACAGCUCUCUUGUCGGGGUUGAGGUUGGCAUAAUGGGAGUCACACCGAUGGACCAGGGUUCUGGCGCAGCUGGAAAACGCAUCCGAAAACCCUCGCUGCUCUAUGAGGGCUUUGAGAGUCCUGGGAUGCCCCCCCUCAAUCAGAUGACCACUUCGGGACCCCCACAACCCCCGGUGAAAGACCCCGCCCGACAGGGAAAGAUGACCAACCAACUUCAGUUCCUACAGAAAGUCCUGCUCAAGUCUUUGUGGAGGCACCACUUUGCCUGGCCCUUCCAUGAACCUGUAGACGCGGUCAAGCUCAACCUUCCUGACUAUCAUAAGAUCAUCAAAAAUCCCAUGGACAUGGGCUCUAUUAAGAAGAGAUUAGAAAAUAACUACUACCGCACUGCCAGCGAGUGCAUGCAGGACUUCAACACCAUGUUUACCAAUUGCUACAUUUAUAACAAGCCGACAGAUGACAUAGUGCUGAUGGCCCAGUCUCUGGAGAAGGCAUUCCUGCAGAAAGUGGCUCAGAUGCCCCAGGAGGAGUUAGAGCUGCCUCCUCCCCCUCCACGCAUCAAACCUGGCAAGCCUGGCAGAAAAGGCAGAGUCUCUGGAGGAGUAACAACAGCUCAUCAGGUCCCAGCUGUCUCCCAGUCAGCGUACUCACCUCCCACCCCGGAAACACCCGACUCUAUCCUUUCUACCCCCCCACAGACACUUGUGAGCAAGAGCUUGCCCCCCGUGCUUCCAACUGAACAAAGCCUCCCUACCAUUACAGGUCUGCCUCCCACACAGCCCACUGCUAAGAAAAAAGGAGUAAAGAGGAAAGCAGACACAACCACCCCAACAACUGUAGCCAUGCCCAUCAUGAGCACCAUGGGCGUCAGCGGCAUCAGCCUGGGGAUGGGUGGUGGACACAACUCGCCGCUCACCCUGACUUCUCUUGGAGUGGACCACAACUCCAGCCUGGGGAUGAACCAAAGCCUCAGCAUCAACCAGGGCAUGGGGAUGGGAAUUGUGAUGGGUAUGGGCAUGGGCAUGGGCAUGGGCAUGGGGAUGGGCCGUGGAACAGUGAUGAUGAGCAGCAAAGCAGCAGCGGGGAGCAGGAGAGGAGUGAGUGGACGACCCAUCAAGCCCCCCAAGAAGGAUUUACCAGAUUCUAUACUGCCAACGCCGGUGCGCCGCAGCAAGCUGAACCCUCAGCUGCGCUACUGCAACGGUGUCCUGAAGGACCUGCUGUCAAAGAAGCACGCGGCGUACGCCUGGCCAUUCUACAAGCCUGUCGAUGCAACGUCACUCGGUCUUCACGACUACCAUGACAUCAUCAAGCAGCCCAUGGACCUCAGCACCAUCAAGCGGAAGAUGGACAGCAGAGAGUAUCGUGACGCUCAGCAAUUCUCUGCUGAUGUUAGACUGAUGUUCUCCAACUGCUACAAGUACAACCCCCCUGAUCAUGACGUGGUGGCUAUGGCCAGAAAACUCCAGGACGUCUUUGAGUUCUGCUUUGCUAAGAUGCCAGAUGAGCCUCCAGCACCACCUAGCUCCUCCUCCUCCUCCUCCUCCUCUUCAUCCUCAUCUGAGAGUGAGAUCAGCAGUGAAAGUGAGGAGAGUGAGAGCAGCCCCAGCUCUGACUCUGAGGAGGAGAGGGCAAACCGGCUGGCAGAACUGCAGGAACAGCUGAAAGCCGUGCACGAGCAGCUCACUGCACUCUCCCAGGGCCCCAUCGUCAAACCUAAGAAAAAGAAAGAGAAGAAAGACAAGAAAAAGAAGAAAAAGGUAGAAAAAGAGAAGCAUCGGAGGAUAGAGGAAGAGAUCCCUCCUAUCAAGCCGGCCAAGACCCCCAAAAUCACCAAGACUCCAAAAGCAAAGCCCAACCGAGCGGUGGGCUGUCCCGUAAUCCCAAUUAAGAAGGCUCCAAGCAAGAAAAACAACAAGAGCAAAGCCAAAAAGGGCGGCAUGAUGUUCAGCAUGCCUCAGCCGGUCCACGACCCCAUAGUGAGUCAUUUCGACUCGGAUGAAGAGGAGGAGACGGCGCCCAUGUCGUACGACGAGAAGCGCCAGCUCAGCCUGGACAUCAACAAGCUGCCCGGGGAGAAGCUGGGCCGCGUUGUUUACAUCAUCCAGUCCCGCGAGCCCUCGCUCCGAGACACCAACCCCGAGGAGAUCGAGAUAGACUUUGAGACGCUGAAGCCGUCGACGCUGCGGGAGCUGGAGAGAUACGUCAUGACGUGUCUGAGGAAGAAACCUCGAAAGCCAUAUGCAAGUAAAAAGAACAGUGCUGGCAAAUCCCGGGAGGAGCUCGCUCUGGAGAAACAAUUGGAGCUGGAGAGAAGGCUGAUGGACGUCAGUGGUCAGCUGAACUCUGGGAAGAAGCCUCCUAAGACCAAACCAGAGAAACCUGCAACCGAGGCCCACACCCAGCCGUCACGCCUCAGCGCCAGCAGUUCCUCCUCGGACUCCUCUUCCUCGUCCUCCUCCUCCUCUUCCUCAGACACAAGCGAAUCAGACUCUGGCUGAGAAGCAGAGGGUCUCCAUUUGAAAGGGUCAUGUGACGGACCCUUGGUGUUUCGCUUCCCACCGAGUGGACUGAACUGUAGUAGAGCUACUGACGACGGAGCCGCAGGGCGGAUCAAACGAGACCAGCACUAGGCAGAACUGGUCCGACUCGACACGUAUCAAACCGAGAGAGAGAGAGAGAGAGAGAGAUGGAGCUUUCCCUGCACUCAGCUCAUUCAUCCAGUCUUGGACUCAGAAAACCUGAGGAUGGAUGAAUGGAUGAACUGUAGGAGACUCGAUGUAAAGUCUUGCCGUUCUCUGGAGAACUGGCGUUGUUGGGCGGAGCGAGGGAUGCUCCAUCUCCUGCGAAUAAAGGAGUCGAGCAGCGCAUGCGUUGGAGGGAUAAGGGUGCUAGAGCCAGAAUCUGUCUUAUUUCUGGAGAUAAUUUCCCUUCUUACCGUGCUCCCUGUCUUUAUGCUGUAUAGAUAAGGUGUACAGUUAUAUAAAUAUCUAUUUUUCUUUUAUAAAGAAGCAUUUUAUGGAGCUAAUUUAUUCCCGCAUUCUGGGAAAGAUGUACUGGUGUGGGCGGAGUUGUUUGUUUAGUUGGGUUUAUUUUUU